AUGCUCGGCAACACAUCUGGUGUUGCUGCUGUGUUGAAGAAAAAAGCUCCUCGGAUCAUCGUUACCAAUUGUCCCCUUCAUCGACAUCGUCGAAGUAACUGUCAAAAGUUUCUGUUCACAUCUAUCUAUCUAUCUAUCUAUCUAUCUAUCUAUCUAUCUAUCUAUCUAUCUAUCUAUCUAUCUAUUUCAGUCUGUUCAUUAUCUAUCUAUUUAUUUUUCCAAUUGUUAUCUUAUACCAUUGUCCCUUCAUAUCUAUCUAUCUAUCUAUCUAUCUAUCUAUCUAUCUAUCUAUCUAUCUAUCUGAAUCCGUUUAGAUCUAUCUAUCUAUCUAUAUUCUCGUAUCAAUGUCUCUCUAUAACUGUUCUCAUUUCAAUGUCUAUCUCAUAUGAAUAUCUAUCUAUCUAUCUAUCUAUCUAUCUAUCUAUCUAUCUAUCUAUCUAUCUAUCUAUCUAUGUUAUGAUAUCAAUGUCUAUCUAUCUAUCUAUCUAUCUAUCUAUCUAUCUAAAUUUUUACAAUUGUCAUCUUAUACCUAAUUCUGUUUAUAUCUAUCUAUCUAUCUAUCUAUCUAUCUAUCUAUCUAUCUAUCUAUCUAUCUAUCUAUCACUGUUCUCAUAUUAA